AAGCUGGCAUUACGAAUCAAUGUUUUAAAUGACGCGGACGUUUUUUAAAUUCGAUUAAACAUAAUACAGUCAAGGAAAUAAUUCAUAGAUAACACGUGUGUGAGUGUUAUGAAUUUGAUAACGUGUGUAAAUAAAUGAUAAAAUGAACGGAGUGUAACGAAUGAACGAUACAAUUAUAAGUUUAAAGCAAUUACGUCGCGACGCGAAUAACUAUAUUAUGUUAUUCAUUAAAUACAUAUGAAUCACGUCUCAUAUGUUACUUGUGAAAUAUAUUAAAGGAGUGAAUUAAUAUAUCAACAUGGAUGUAACUACAGCCAAAGCAAUAUCUAUGAUUGUGUUAGGACUGGGCAGUUUCGUAGUGGGCAUGAUUCCCGCUUGCAUAUCAAAGAAUGCAAGACAAAGACAUCCUCUAUUUAUCUCCUGCUUACUCUGCUUCGGCGGUGGCGUUCUUCUUUCAACUUCUUUAUUACACAUUUUGCCAGAAGCAAGGGAGAAGUUACCGAAAUACUCAGAGUUGUUACUGUGUGCGGGUUUCUUUCUCGUGUAUGUCGUGGAUGAAAUUGUUCAUUUCUUUUACGGUACUAAUGAAAAUGAGAGAGGUCAUAUGAGGAAUUAUGGGACUGUGGAGGAGACGAGUCUUCUGGUGACCAGAUCAGGGGACGCGGAGAUGAGGGAGCGAUGUUGUGGGGAUACGGGGAAUCCGAGGAUGUGUCACGUGAGUCACACGGAACCGUGCAAUAAGAGUUCGUCUGGAAUUAUCGGCUUAUUAUGUGCAUUGUUCGUGCACAGUUUAUUGGAAGGGUUGGCAAUUGGUUUGCAAGAAAGUGCUUCUCAGGUUAUGUUACUCCUAGCCGCUGUCGCAAGUCACAAGUUCGUUGUAGGCUUCUGCUUGGGCGCGGAGUUGUGCGCGAGCGCUGCCGGUCGCCUGUGUGCGCACAUCGCGUGUGUGGCGCUGUUCAGCGGCGGUUCGGCGGGCGGUAUUGCUUUAGGUGCUGUUUUGGACAACGUCAGCGUGCUUAAUGAUUCAUUGGCUGUGCCUAUUAUGCAGUCGCUCGCAGCGGGAACUUUACUGUAUGUCACUGUAAGCGAAGUAUUACCUCGCGAGCGAGCACGCUGGCAUGAGCGGAAGCGUGGAGCGGGUAUGGCGCAAUUCGUUGCUGUAGUUGUUGGCUUCGUUUUAAUGUACUUAUCGACGAUGUAUCUCGAUCACGACGCUGCUUAAUUUAAAAAAAAAAAUAUUACAAAAUUGUAAAACCGUUUUUUUUUAAAUAUAGAUUACCUUAGAUAGCAGAGAUGGAAAAGGGGCAUUGGUAUUAAUUAGAUAUAAAAAUUAUAAUUAAAAAUUUAAGAUUUGACAAUAA